UUACUGACAGUGUGUGUUGCGCUAUCGUCGUGAAAAGUUCAAUUUUGUGUUCGAAGCGAUUUUCUUAUAAGAAACUGAGAAAUUCCAUGAAAAUUACUUAAUAAUCGUUCUCCGGGUAAUCAAUUCACAAUUAACACGUUAAUGAGGUGAUCUUUUUUUGCAGUAAACGUAAUUUCGAAGGUUAUCAUAUUACCGAUGAGUAGUCGGGCACGAAGUUCGACCUUCAGUGGCAAUGCAAAUGCCAAAAAAAUCACAGUUUUGAAACGCAUUAGAAGCUUCUUGCAAGGUUAGAAGUGUUUGGACCCCAAAAAGUGACUAAUUUGCAUGAAAAUACAAAAAAAAAGUUUUGUGCGUGAAAUUCAUUUAAGAAAAAAAUUAAAUGGAAUAACAAAAGACACGGAAAUUCUAAAUAAUAACAAGAGAAACAGUGAAUACCCAUAUGAUAACUAUACUAUUGAUGUCCUUUGUCACUCUAAUCACUUUGUAUUACAUAAUUCGUGAUUAUUUUCAUCCAAAAUCGACGCAACAAGUGAAUAAUUUUUGCGGCAAUUCUAUUGCAUCUAACUCAAAUACAGACUCUCCUCACGCGAAUUCUGUGACAACUCCCGUGGCUUCGUCGACACCAAAUUGUACAGUAACAAAUAAAGAACCCGAUUUAUCGUCUCUUGCGAACGAACUAAAGCGCGUUUCCUUCUCCUCGAACUUGACAUCCUAUCAAACUAUGGAAGGCGAGGGCGCUGAAUCGACAAGACCCAGUUUUCUUGUUGGCGAAGAAAAUGGCUCGCCUGAGGCAAUGGACUCGCUUGAAGCAACUGAUGACUUUCCGCCGAUAGAAAAUGGGAAAAUGUCGUCGUACGAGGCAAAGUUGUUGGAAAAAAGACGUCGGUUGAGGCCAAGUAUGUCCCAUGGCACGGGAUUGGGCUUAGAUCGACAUCAAGAACGAGAUUUCAUCCUUUCGACGACGGAAGAGUUUGUGAAACGUUUUGGCGGAACACGCGUGAUUAAUAAAGUUCUCAUCGCUAACAAUGGCAUCGCCGCUGUCAAGUGUAUGCGUUCGAUUCGUCGAUGGUCUUACGAAAUGUUCAAGAAUGAACGUGCUGUGCGUUUCGUCGUUAUGGUUACGCCGGAAGAUUUGAAAGCGAAUGCCGAAUACAUCAAGAUGGCGGAUCAUUAUGUGCCUGUUCCGGGCGGAUCGAAUAACAACAAUUACGCGAAUGUCGAAUUGAUUAUCGAUAUUGCGUUGCGAACGCAAGUUCAAGCUGUUUGGGCUGGAUGGGGACAUGCUUCGGAAAAUCCCAAAUUGCCUGAGUUGUUGCACAAGCAGAAUUUGGUGUUUUUGGGACCUCCUGAACGUGCAAUGUGGGCUUUGGGAGAUAAAGUUGCGUCGUCAAUUGUCGCACAAACAGCUGAUAUUCCAACGUUGCCAUGGAGCGGACAAGAAUUGAAAGCACAAUACACGGGAAAAAAGAUCAAAAUUUCAAAUGAACUUUUUUCACGUGGAUGUGUUCAAUCCGCAGAACAAGGUUUGGCUGCUGCCGAGAAAAUUGGAUAUCCUGUGAUGAUUAAAGCUUCUGAGGGAGGCGGCGGAAAAGGUAUUCGUCGUGUUGAUGGCGCCGACGAAUUUCCCGCAUUAUUCAGACAAGUUCAAGCAGAAGUACCCGGAUCUCCGAUUUUUGUCAUGAAACUUGCCAAAGGAGCGCGUCAUUUGGAAGUUCAGCUACUUGCUGAUAUGUAUGGAAAUGCCAUCAGUUUAUUUGGGCGUGAUUGUUCCAUUCAACGUCGUCAUCAAAAGAUUAUCGAAGAAGCUCCUGCCAUCGUCGCAUCGCCUGAUGUCUUUGAAGAUAUGGAAAAAGCUGCUGUUCGUUUGGCAAAAAUGGUUGGAUAUGUUUCCGCAGGUACAGUUGAGUACCUUUACGAUGGAAACGAAGGAAAAUAUUAUUUCCUCGAGUUGAAUCCAAGAUUGCAAGUUGAACAUCCAUGCACGGAAAUGGUUGCUGAUGUUAAUUUACCCGCUUGCCAAUUGCAAAUCGGUAUGGGAGUCCCGUUAUAUCGCAUCAAGGAUAUUCGUUUGUUGUAUGGCGAAUCGCCAUGGGGCGGCACAAUGAUCGAUUUCGAUAAUCCAAGUCAAAAACCUCGACCAUGGGGACAUGUAAUUGCUGCUCGUAUUACUUCUGAGAAUCCAGAUGAAGGAUUUAAACCAAGUUCGGGUACUGUGCAAGAGUUGAACUUCCGUUCAAGCAAAAAUGUAUGGGGAUACUUUAGUGUAGCAGCAAGCGGAGGACUUCACGAAUUCGCAGAUUCACAAUUCGGGCAUUGUUUCUCAUGGGGUGAAAAUCGACAACAAGCCAGAGAAAAUUUGGUUAUUGCAUUGAAAGAACUUUCCAUUCGAGGAGAUUUCCGUACAACUGUUGAAUAUUUGAUCACGUUGCUUGAAACCAACAGUUUUCUCGAUAACACAAUUGACACGGCGUGGUUAGAUGCGUUGAUCGCUGAACGAGUUCAAUCAGAAAAACCCGACAUUUUGUUAGGAGUCGUUUGUGGUUCAUUAUUAAUUGCUGAUCGACAAAUCAACGAAGCAUUUUCAAGCUUUCAAACAUCAUUGGAGAAGGGUCAAAUUCAAGCUGCAAAUACUUUAACAAACGUCAUCGAAGUUGAAUUGAUUUCUGAUGCUCUCAAAUACAAAGUUCAAGCAGCAAAAAGUGGUCCAAACACAUAUUUCCUCGUCAUGAAUGGCGAUUUCAAGGAAGUCGAAGUUCAUCGAUUGUCCGAUGGGGGAAUGUUACUUUCGUUAGAAGGCAAUUCCUACACGACUUAUUUGAAGGAAGAAGUUGAUCGUUAUCGUAUUGUUAUCGGUAACCAAACAUGCGUGUUCGAAAAGGAAAAUGAUCCAUCAAUUUUGAGAUCGCCAUCCGCGGGAAAAUUGAUCAAUUUGUUGGUCGAAGAUGGAGCGCAUGUCAACAAGGGACAACCUUAUGCUGAAAUUGAAGUUAUGAAGAUGGUUAUGACUCUCACAUCGCAAGAAAAUGGCACGGUAAACUUUGUAAAGAGACCCGGAGCAGUUUUAGAUGCUGGAUCGUUGUUGGGACAUUUAGAGCUUGAUGAUCCUUCGUUAGUUACGAAAGCUCAACCAUACAAAGGAACAUGGGGUACAAUUGAAAAUACCGCCAUUCCCGAAAAACUCAACAGAAUUCAUCAUUCGUACAAGACAAUCUUGGAAAAUACACUCGCGGGAUAUUGUUUGCCUGAUCCUUACAACGCCCCACGUUUGCGUGAAGUUAUCGAAAAAUUCAUGCAAAUUUUGCGAGAUCCUUCACUGCCAUUACUCGAGUUGCAAGAAGUUAUGGCUUCGAUUUAUGGUCGUAUCCCAACAAUUGUCGAGAAGAAAAUUCGCAAACUCAUGAUGUUGUACGAGCGAAAUAUCACGUCUGUUCUUGCGCAAUUCCCUUCGCAGCAAAUCGCAAGUGUGAUAGAUAGUCAUGCGGCGACGCUCCAAAAACGCGCGGAUCGUGAUGUUUUCUUCCUCACAACUCAGGGCAUCGUUCAACUUGUUCAACGUUAUCGAAAUGGCAUUCGAGGAAGAAUGAAGGCUGCUGUUCACGAGUUACUCCGACAAUAUUACGCCGUCGAGUCUCAAUUCCAACAUGGGCAUUACGAUAAAUGUGUGCAAGCGAUUCGGGAUAAACAUAAGGACGAUAUGGCAGCUGUUGUUGCUACAAUUUUCUCUCACAGUCAAGUUGCGAAGAAAAAUUUGCUUGUUACGUUGUUAGUUGAUCACUUAUGGAGUAACGAACCUGGAUUGACGGAAGAAUUGGCAGCAACUUUGAGCGAAUUGACGUCUUUGAAUCGUGCGGAACACUCAAGAGUUGCUUUGAGGGCGAGACAAGUCUUAAUUGCGGCUCAUCAACCUGCCUACGAGUUGCGUCACAAUCAAAUGGAAUCAAUUUUCUUAUCAGCUGUUGAUAUGUACGGGCAUGAUUUCCAUCCGGAGAACUUGCAACGAUUGAUUUUGUCGGAAACGAGUAUUUUCGAUAUCUUACAUGACUUUUUCUAUCACACAAAUCGCGCUGUGUGCAAUGCCGCUUUGGAAGUUUACGUUCGUCGUGCCUAUACUUCGUACGAUAUCACUUGCCUUCAACAUUUGGAGCUUUCCGGCGAAGUGCCCUUGGUUCAUUUCCAAUUUUUACUGCCGACAUCACAUCCGAAUCGAAUUCGCAUCAAUGCUGAUAACACAGUUGAACUCGAUCUCGAAGGAAGUUUCAUGCGAACAGGAUGCAUGGCUGCUUUUGACUCUUUCGAUCAUUUCAAACAAUAUGCUGAUGAAAUUCUCGACUUGCUCGAAGAUUUCGUGACGCCAGCUGUCGUUUCGAAGAACAUUUUAGACGCUGUCGAUGCAGCUACGGGAGAUUCGUUAUCCGAUGGGCGUCACAGUACCUCCAUUAACGUCUCAAUUUCCGAAAAUUAUGGACGAGCUGAAGCAAUUAUCCAAUCAACGGAGCCAAUUCACAUCUUGAGCAUCGCUGUUCGUGAUACCGGAGACUUGGAUGACAUUCAAAUGGCAAAUCUCUUUGGUAGUUUCUGUACUUUGCAUCGUGAUGAGCUUCUGACACGUCGUGUGCGACGAAUUACUUUUGCUGCUCUCAAAAAACGACAAUUCCCGAAAUUCUUUACGUAUCGUGCGCGUGAUUUGUUCACCGAAGAUCGCAUUUAUCGUCAUCUCGAGCCAGCAUGUGCAUUCCAAUUAGAGCUAAAUCGCAUGAGAACGUACGAAUUAGAGGCGUUGCCGACGGCAAAUCAGAAAAUGCAUUUGUAUUUGGGACGAGCAAAAGUCUCCAAAGGUCAAGAAGUGUCGGAUUUCAGAUUUUUCAUUCGUUCGAUCAUUCGACACAGUGAUUUGAUCACGAAAGAGGCCUCUUUUGAGUACUUGCAAAAUGAAGGAGAACGCGUUUUGUUGGAGGCGAUGGACGAAUUGGAAGUUGCUUUCUCACAUCCGCAUGCAAAACGAACGGAUUGCAAUCACAUCUUCUUGAAUUUCGUUCCAACUGUCAUUAUGGAUCCCGCGAAAAUCGAAGAAUCAGUUACGAAGAUGAUCAUGCGUUAUGGGCCUCGUUUGUGGAAAUUGCGUGUCUUGCAAGCAGAAUUAAAAAUGAUCAUUAGACAAACGCCGCAAUCGCCGACACAAGCUGUUAGAUUGUGCAUUGCCAAUGAUUCGGGAUACUAUCUCGAUAUUGCCAUGUAUACAGAAUAUACGGACAAAGAAACAGGAACGAUUAAAUUCCAAGCUUAUGGAAGUCGUCAAGGUCCCUUGCAUGGAUUGGCAAUUUCAACGCCUUACGUGACGAAGGAUUAUUUGCAACAAAAACGUUUCCAAGCCCAAUCAAAUGGAACAACGUACGUUUAUGACAUUCCCGAUAUGUUCCGUCAAAUGACUGAACGACAUUGGCGUGAAUUCUCCAAAGCUCGUCCCACGGAAGACAUUCGAAUGCCGGAAAAGGUUCUCAUUGAAUGCGUUGAACUCGUACUUGAUGGCGACGGUUUGCAAGAAGUUCAACGUUUGGGCGGCGAAAACGAUUGCGGAAUGGUUGCUUGGCGCAUGGUUUUAGCAACUCCCGAAUUUCCCGAUGGCAGAGAAUUGAUUUUGAUUUCGAACGAUUUGACGUACGUCAUUGGAUCGUUUGGACCGAAAGAGGAUUUGUUGUUUAAUCGUGCUUCGGAAUUAGCUCGUGCACGUAGAGUUCCGCGAAUUUAUCUCAGUUGCAAUAGCGGAGCUCGUAUUGGAUUGGCAGAAGAAGUAAAAGCUUUGUUCCGUGUUGCGUGGGAAGAUCAAGAUGAGCCUGAAAAGGGCUUCAAAUACAUCUACUUGACGACAGACGAUUACAGCAAAAUUGCGAACAAGAACUCUGUACGUGCCAUAUUGAUCGAAGAUGAGGGAGAGCCUCGUUACAAGAUUACCGACAUCAUUGGCUUGCAAGAUGGAUUGGGCGUUGAGAAUUUGCGAUAUGCUGGCAUGAUUGCGGGCGAAACGUCGCGCGCUUACGAAGAUAUUGUCACAAUUUCGAUGGUAACGUGUCGUACAAUCGGUAUUGGAUCGUAUCUCGUGCGUUUGGGACAACGUGUUAUUCAAAUCGAAAACUCGCACAUUAUUUUGACGGGAUAUGCUGCGUUGAAUAAGCUACUUGGGCGUAAGGUUUACGCGUCAAACAAUCAACUUGGCGGCGUGCAAAUCAUGUACAAUAACGGCGUCACGCACAAAACGGAUGCUCAAGAUCUUGACGGUGUCUACACAAUUCUUCAUUGGCUCUCUUACAUUCCCGAUGCACGAGGCGGCAAAUUGCCCAUUGUCUCGAUGAGUGACACAAUUAAUCGUCCCGUCGGUUUCAUGCCUACCAAAGCGCCGUACGAUCCGCGUUGGAUGCUCGCAGGUCGUGUCAAUCCAACAAAUCCCACGGAAUGGGAAAGCGGAUUCUUCGAUCGCGGAUCAUGGAGCGAAAUUAUGGAGCCAUGGGCACAAACUGUCGUUACGGGACGUGCGAGAUUAGGCGGCGUACCUGUUGGCGUAAUUGCUGUCGAAACGAGAACUGUUGAAGUAACGAUACCCGCAGAUCCCGCCAAUUUGGAUUCUGAAUCGAAGACGGUACAACAAGCUGGACAAGUUUGGUAUCCUGAUUCGUCGUACAAAACAGCACAAGCCAUCAAGGAUUUCGGGCGUGAAGAGUUACCAUUGUUGAUUUUCGCCAAUUGGAGAGGAUUUUCAGGAGGACAAAAAGAUAUGUACGAACAAAUUGUGAAAUUUGGUGCUUACAUCGUCGAUGCUCUUGUGCAAUACAAACAACCUGUUUUCGUUUAUCUCCCUCCAAAUGCUGAACUUCGCGGAGGCGCAUGGGCUGUUUUAGAUUCGCUCAUCAAUCCUGAAUACAUGGAGUCAUAUGCUGAUCCCGAGUCACGAGCAGGCGUUUUGGAGCCCGAAGGCAUUGUUGAAGUCAAAUUCAGGGAGAAAGAUAUCACAAAAACUAUUCACCGAAUCGAUCCUGUUGUAUUAAAACUCAAAGAAGAACUUGCAAAAGCAAACGGUGACAAAGAAACGCUCACAAACACGGAGAAUAAAAUCAAGGAACGCACAAGUCUCUUAUUGCAUGCAUAUCACACCGUGGCAAUUCACUUUGCCGACUUACAUGACACUCCUGAACGAAUGCUCGAGAAAGAUUGCAUCAAAGAAAUCGUUUCAUGGCGCACUUCCCGGUCAUUCUUCUAUUGGAGAUUACGUAGACUGUUGUUGGAACGGACGUUUGUGCAACAAAUUCAAACAGCGCAACCCGAAUUCAGCGUUGGACAAGCCAAAAAUAUGCUCAGAAGAUGGUUCGUGGAAGAUUUGGGAGCAACAGAAGCAUACCUUUGGGAUAAAAAUGAAGAAAUUGUUAGUUGGUUGGAAAAACAAACGAAACCAGAUUCCGUCGUACUGAAAAAUAUUGCAGCUGUGAAAAAGGACGCCAUUAUCUCACAAAUUCAAAAAUCAUUAGAAGAAUGUCCUGAAAUCGCACUCGAUGCUGUUGUUGGACUUUGUCAAACGCUUUCACCAACAAGUCGAGGCGAAGUUGUUCGAACAUUGGCUCAACUUGCGUUACAAGAAGAACAAGAAGCAAAUAACUCAGGAUGACCAAUCAUCAGAAACUAUCAAAACGCAAUUCCAUAGGUUUUUACGGUGUACGGACAAAUUUUGCUUCUUUUAUAAUUAUUUUUAAAUAUUAUUAUGAUGAAUAUUUAUUUAGGGGAAAAUAAAAUAAAAUGAAAAUGUUGUU